AGGAGGGGGGAGGGAACGCUGACUCUGGAGGCUGCUGGGAUUAGGGUGGGGGUGACUGAGAAAGCAGUCCUUCUGUAAGAGCAAACCUCCAGGGUGAGGAGAGGAAGGAGAGAUGGAACUAGGCCGGUCUGCGGGGAAACGCGACAGUCUUGGUAGAGGGUAGGGGACAGGGUGGCGCCGGCUAAGAGGGUGGCUGCCUGGGGAGGAGUUAGUCUGGUGGGGAAGCUAUCUCGUGGGCGGGAGCCUAAAGGGGCCCUGGGUCGCCAGGAGGAAGGACCCCUUGGCAGUCCCUCCCCUCAGCCUUUUCCUACUUUAUUGCUUCUCCUUGCUGGCCCCUGUGCGCUCAGUUCUAGUCACUGGCUGCCCGCUGCGGCCUCGAGGGCUGGGUACUGCAACACCCUCUUCUCCCAGCAAGGGGGCUCCAGAGACUACGCAGCCAGGAAGUCUGGUGGCCUGGAGAUUCGGCGGGACAGUGUCUUGGUAAUGUCCAGGGCUCCGGGAAGAGAUGUCCUUGUGGCUGGAGGCCCCAGUGCCUGAUGUUUCUCCUGACUCUGCAACGGAGCUGUGGAAGACAGAACCUCAAGAUGCAGGAGACCAGGGAGGCAACACUUGCAUCCUUAGGGAGGAAGCCAGGAUGCCCCAAUCAACUGGGGGUGCUUUAAGGAUAGGGUUGGAGUCAUCAGAGCCUACAGCCCUGCUCCCCAGGGCAGAGACCCUCCCAGAGCCUACAGAACUUCGUCCACAGAAGCGGAAAAAGGGGCCAGCCCCCAAAAUGCUGGGGAACGAGCUGUGCAGUGUAUGUGGGGACAAGGCCUCUGGCUUCCAUUACAAUGUGCUGAGCUGCGAGGGCUGCAAGGGAUUCUUCCGCCGCAGUGUCAUCAAGGGAGCACGCUACAUUUGCCACAGCGGUGGCCACUGCCCCAUGGACACCUACAUGCGGCGGAAAUGCCAGGAGUGUCGCCUUCGCAAAUGCCGCCAGGCAGGCAUGAGGGAGGAGUGUGUCUUAUCAGAAGAACAGAUCCGCUUGAAGAAACUGAAGCGUCAAGAAGAGGAGCAGGCUCAAGCCACAUCGGUGUCCCCAAGGGUUUCCUCACCACCCCAGGUCCUGCCACAGCUCAGCCCAGAACAACUGGGCAUGAUCGAGAAGUUGGUGGCUGCCCAGCAACAGUGUAACAGGCGCUCCUUCUCUGACCGACUUCGAGUCACGCCUUGGCCCAUUGCACCCGACCCUCAGAGCCGGGAAGCCCGCCAACAGCGCUUUGCCCACUUUACUGAGCUGGCCAUCGUGUCCGUGCAGGAGAUUGUUGACUUUGCCAAACAGCUCCCUGGCUUCCUACAGCUGAGCAGGGAGGACCAGAUCGCCUUGCUGAAGACCUCUGCGAUUGAGGUGAUGCUUCUGGAGACAUCGCGGAGGUACAACCCUGGGAGUGAGAGCAUCACCUUCCUCAAGGAUUUCAGUUACAACCGGGAAGACUUUGCCAAAGCAGGGCUGCAGGUGGAGUUCAUUAACCCCAUCUUUGAGUUCUCCAGAGCCAUGAAUGAACUGCAACUCAAUGAUGCUGAAUUUGCUCUGCUCAUAGCCAUCAGCAUCUUCUCUGCAGACCGGCCCAACGUGCAGGACCAGCUCCAAGUAGAGAGACUGCAACACACAUAUGUGGAGGCCCUGCAUGCCUAUGUCUCCAUCAACCACCCCCACGACCGACUGAUGUUCCCACGGAUGCUAAUGAAGCUGGUGAGCCUCCGGACUUUGAGCAGCGUCCAUUCAGAGCAAGUGUUUGCACUUCGCCUGCAGGACAAAAAACUUCCCCCUCUGCUCUCCGAGAUCUGGGAUGUCCACGAAUGACUGUUUCUCCGUGUCCUCUGUGUUGGCCACGCAGCUGAAGCUUACUGACUGCUUCCUAGAGGUGGAGCAGACUGAGGAGGGCAAACAUUCCUGGGCGCUGGGUGAAAGAGACCCUUGCAUGGCACUAAGGAGAGUCAAAGGGUUGGGUGUUUUGUGGCUGCUGGGCAGUUGGGGACCUACUAACGUUGUAUGCCAUCUGAAAGCCUUGUUGACCCAACCAAAUAAACUAGCCAGGAGAGCCACUUUGUGCAGGGUUCUUCAGGGCCCUGCCCAUCCUGCCUCUACCACUUCCUGUUUUUCCUCAUGGUGCCCCAAAGAAAUUCUCCACUAUCACUCUGUGGCUUGGCUCUAAGUGCCUCAGGCUGCUUCACCAAUAGAUCUGGCACUUGAAACAGGAAGGCCAAGAUGAAUAUAGAACUAGGGAAGCAAAUUUCUAGAUUGAGUGUCGGGGUGCUGCCGUGUCAGAGGAAGCCUGUGUCUGUUAGGCUCUGCCUCCAGACUCAGAGGAGAGAGGCAAACUACAGACAGCUUUUAUUCACUAGGCCCGCGGCUUCGGUGCUCCUUCCCCUUUAAUGACCCAGGUAGGAGCAGGUGCUCUUUCUGUGAGGGGAGGAGUUGGAUCUUCAGCAAUAACUCAGCCGUACACUUCACGUGUGUGGAUAAAUUGUCUUACUUUUUCCAUUGGCAUCCGAAAAAGAGUACAGACUUAAAGACCCAGGGCCCGGUAAUACUUCUCUUUGGGCUCUGGGCCCUGUGGAACUCGAAGAAAAGUCUCCGUAGGCCAGUGGAGGAUGACAAAUGUUUGAGUUGUCAAAAGGACUGGACUCCAUUUCCCAGAGGGCAUCGCGGCACGGUUCUCGUUCCCCUACCUUGGUGUAGGUAAUACCCUGGCAGCUCCUUCCCGAAGUGCUCCCCCCGCCAUCCCGACUUGGUAGAUUCCACCUUCAGGCAAGUUGGCCUUCCAGCCCGGGAGGCUGGGCACAUCCAAACAGCGUGCAGGGGGAGCCAGAUAAGAUUUGGAUAAACUGUCAGAAAGUCUUAGAGGCAGUUUAUCUUGCGAAGUAUUUUCGGAUUGAUCACCAUUUCUUCAAGACGGACUCUAUACCCAAGCCGAAUUAAAAGCUGUUCGAGCAACCAAAA